AUGUUUGUGUUUGUGAAUCGCCAGGCCACAAAGGAUGCUGGUGUCAUUGCAGGCCUUAACGUCAUGCGCAUAAUCAACGAGCCCACAGCAGCUGCCAUUGCCUAUGGUCUUGACAAGAAGGCCACAAGCGUUGGGGAGAAAAAUGUUCUGAUUUUCGAUCUUGGUGGUGGCACCUUUGAUGUCUCCCUUUUGACCAUUGAGGAGGGAAUAUUCGAGGUGAAGGCCACAGCUGGUGACACUCAUCUCGGAGGGGAGGAUUUUGAUAACCGGAUGGUCAACCACUUUGUCCAGGAAUUCAAGAGGAAGCACAAGAAGGACAUAACUGGAAACCCGAGGGCUUUGAGAAGGCUGAGGACAGCUUGUGAACGUGCGAAGAGGACUCUUUCAUCAACUGCCCAAACCACCAUUGAAAUUGACUCUCUCUACGAGGGCGUUGAUUUCUACUCCACCAUAACUCGUGCAAGGUUCGAGGAGCUCAACAUGGACCUGUUCAGAAAGUGUAUGGAGCCAGUUGAGAAGUGCUUGAGAGAUGCCAAGAUGGACAAGAGCACGGUCCACGAUGUUGUUCUCGUGGGAGGUUCGACUAGGAUCCCUAAAGUCCAGCAGCUUUUGCAGGACUUUUUCAAUGGCAAGGAGCUUUGCAAGAGCAUUAACCCCGAUGAAGCUGUUGCUUAUGGUGCUGCUGUCCAGGCUGCUAUUCUGAGUGGUGAGGGCAAUCAGAAGGUUCAAGACCUAUUGCUUCUCGAUGUUACCCCUCUUUCACUUGGUCUCGAAACAGCUGGAGGUGUCAUGACUGUCUUAAUUCCGAGGAACACGACAAUCCCAACCAAAAAAGAACAGGUCUUUUCCACUUACUCUGACAAUCAGCCUGGAGUUUUGAUACAGGUGUAUGAAGGUGAACGGACGAGGACCCGUGACAAUAACUUGCUCGGCAAGUUUGAACUCUCUGGAAUCCCACCUGCCCCUCGAGGUGUCCCUCAGAUCACUGUAUGUUUCGAUAUCGACGCAAAUGGGAUUUUGAAUGUGUCGGCUGAGGACAAGACGACUGGGCAGAAGAACAAGAUCACCAUCACCAACGAUAAAGGCAGGCUGUCCAAGGAGGAGAUUGAGAAGAUGGUUCAAGAGGCUGAGAAGUACAAGUCGGAGGACGAGGAGCACAAGAAGAAAGUUGAGGCGAAGAACGCGCUCGAAAACUACGCCUACAACAUGAGGAACACGGUUAAGGAUGAGAAGAUUGCGUCCAAGCUGACGGCCGAUGACAAGAAGAAGAUUGAGGAUGCUAUUGAGACCACUAUUCAGUGGCUUGACGGGAACCAGCUGGCUGAGGCGGAUGAGUUUGAGGACAAAAUGAAGGAGCUUGAGAGCAUUUGCAACCCCAUCAUUGCUAAGAUGUAUCAAGGUGCUGGUGGUGAGGCUGCCAUGGAUGACUAUGGUCCUGCGCCGUCAGGUGGAUCGGGUGCUGGUCCCAAGAUUGAGGAGGUUGACUAA